AUGAACGCCGGCGCUUCCGGAGCCAGCCCUCGGGUUCUUCGACCUGUUGUAGGUAGGGCUGUCAACUUUACGAUACAUGGCAAGAUCAACAGACUCAGGAAGAUGUUCGAGCCGCUUUGGAAGGAGCGUCUCGAGACUUUGAAGUACGCUCGCGAUGACCCAGACCACAUUGAGCCUCAAGAUCACCUGCAGAUGAUGGCCCGUUACGCCAAGGACCACCGCCAAGAAGAGUUCAACGAUUUGGACAUGAUGACGCGCCGUCUGAUUGCAGCCAACUUCGGAUCCAUGCAUCAGACCAGUAUCCAAGCCACCAAUAUGCUUCUCAACAUUUUGGGAUCAGACACGGAGUUCAACACCAUCACGAUCCUCAGGGACGAGGUUGAUCGUAUACUGUACGCCGAUGGAGACAACAACUGGACAAAAGCCAAAGUGAGCAAGAUGCUCAAAGCCGACAGCGUCGCCCGAGAGACCCUGCGCCUGAAUUCCUUUGGCGGACGUGCCGUCUUCCGAAAAGUCUUGGUCGACGGCUUCAAGACCCCCGACGGCUAUCACCUCCCCAAGGGGACCCUCAUCUCCUUCCUCGGACAACCCGCUCAGACGGAUGGCGAGGUGCUUGAAGACCCGCUGAAGUAUGAUCCCUUCCGCUUCUCCCGUAUGCGUGAGGAUGCAGCCGCAAAGGACGAGAAGGCGCCCCCGGUCACCUUUGUCACCACGAGCCCCGAGUAUCUGCCUUUUGGGCACGGGAAGCACGCAUGCCCCGGUCGAUUCCUGAUCGACUUUGAGUUGAAGAUGAUCAUCGCCUACGUUCUGGGUCACUAUGACGUGGAGUUCCCUCCUGAAUACAAUGGCAAGCGUCCGGAGAACUACUGGCUCACAGAGGCAUUGUUUCCACCAAACGGCGUGAAGCUUCGAAUCAGGAGGAAAACGGAGACCAAGGGACAGUGA